AUGUUCAUAGCAAAUGGUAAAUUCGUCAAUGGCCGAAUAAUUUAUUUCGGUCAACGGCAGUGCUCAACGAAUCUAUUUCCUAGAACGGAAUUUAUCGAUAUUCGCGAGGCAUCAAAAAAUGUCUUCCACGUUCGCUUGAAUCGGCCACAAAGUAGAAAUGCUUUCACUCUUCCUUUGUGGAGGGAACUGCGUUCGACGAUGGAUUUUCUUGCGACAUAUUCCAAGUGUCGUUCGAUUGUGAUAUCAGCUGCUGGCAAAUCAUUUUGUACUGGAAUCGACCUUAAAGAAGGAAUCACUGUUUGCAUGGAUAUUUCUCGGAAAUCGAGGCUUAUCAGAGAUCUGAUAGCAGUCUGCCAGGACAGUUUUACUUCUCUGGAGAAGUGUCCGAAACCGAUUGUCGCAGCAGUGCAUAACCAUUGUAUCGGGGCUGGUGUUAGUUUAAUCACAGCAGCCGACAUUCGUUAUGCAUCAGCCGAUGCUAUUUUCUCAAUUCGCGAGGUCCAUAUUGGUUUGGCUGCAGAUGUCGGUAUUCUGAAUCGAAUUAAUCGGAUUGUCGGCAACGACAGCCUGACGCGCGAGCUCGCCUUCACUGGCCGUGACAUUGGCUCUUCAGAGGCGCUGAAAUAUGGUCUUAUUUCUCGACAGUUUGCGACUGCCGAAGAAUGUCUUAAUGGAGCAUUAAAUUUGGCUCGUGAAAUAGCACGUCGCAGCCCGAUUGCUGUUCAAGGAACGAAAUUAACGCUAAAUUAUUCGCGUAAUCACAACAUAGAUGACUCAAUGAAUUUCAUCCGUACCUGGAACCAAUCUCAGUUGCAGUCUGAUGAUUUGGUGAAAGCAGCAUUGUUAAAGGAAAAGGCGCAUUUUGAUGAUAUUUAA